UUGCUGCCUGUCUGGAUUCUGUUUUUAGUAGAAUAAAAGAAAAAGCUAUCUGGAAGAAAAACUUUAAAGCUUGCAUACAAACAAAUAACAUAAAUUUCAGACACCUUUAAAAAGUGUUAAAUAAUAAAAAACUAUUACAGAAAUUUUAAACAAUAUAAAUAAAAUGUCGGAACCGAGUACUAAGGAUACGGUAUUGAAAACAGCCAUGGUAUAUGUUUGCGGAGAAUGUCAUCACGAAAAUGAAAUGAGGCCUCGUGAUCCAAUUCGUUGUCGAGAAUGUGGUUACCGUAUUAUGUAUAAAAAAAGAACCAAAAGAUUGGUUGUAUUCGAUGCUCGAUAAAGUGUUGGUCUUAUUUUGAAAACAUUGAUUAACAUUUAUUUUUAAUUGAGUGAACUUAUAGUUGGGAAUCUAAAAUAAAAUUUACUAAUAUAUUUAUAAUUAAAAUAGCAGUUUUCAAUUUUUAAUUACAUUUCUAUUAUAAGUAAGUAUUACAUCAA